CUGUCGGAAAUUAAAGAAAAAUGGCCGACUCACCUAAUGUCAAAACUUCUUGGGCGAGUGUGUAUAAAAACGUGUGAUAUUUAAUAUAAAUCGAAAACGAAUAAGAAAUCUGCCCUACCAGAAUUAUUGAAGUGAUCAAGUGUUUGUGCUUCCUUGUCGUUUCAUCGUUUCAACAUAUAUAUCACACCCUGGAGCGCGGAAAGCAACAACUGUACAUACAAUUCUGAUGCACAAUGUGAGGGGGGUGGCAUGUGGGGCGCGCAGGCGGGCUGGGUGUGCGGAGCGCUGGCGGCCGCGCUGCUGGCCCUGCUCGCGCUCUGCCGCCGAGCCGCCAAGAGAGCACCCGUGCCCGUCCACCAGCCGCAAGUCACUCAGGUGCACAUAGUGUGUGGUGGACAGGCGCGAGUAACUCGCUUGGGGUCUCCGCCGCAGCCCCAUCGCGUCUGCGCCUCCCUCGCUGUCGCGCCCGCGCCCGACCCCCCUACCGAUCCCAAACAAAGCACCUUACAACAACCCUCGCACAUCCUCAUCGUCCAAAACUACACACAAAACACUAUCCCGCAACAAUCGGACACCCCACAACCAUCUAGCUCUCAAUCAAGUCGACAACCUCCUUUAGAAUAUCGUGGAAUACCAAAGUUGCCUCUUCCUGAACAGUGGAUGCAUAAACGACCAUUCGACUACAAAUAUUCGGCUAUUCCGAGACCGUUAGCUCAAAUAGUUAACUCUGAUUUAGGUGUCGAACUUCAAAGAGAAUCUCGUGCAAAGAAAUACAGUGCCACCAGAUCGCCUUCUUUAGAAAAAGACGAUAAAUCACCUUUUGUAACUAGUGCAAAGGUCGUAGACUCAGAGGUAUUUGGAUUUGACGUAGAGUCUGUGAGGAAACUUAGUGGGAAUAUUGAAGAAACAAAUGAAAUGGGUGAACGGGCGCCGUCGUCUCCGCACGAGAGUGAUAAAGAAAUGUCGCCAAGUAAUUUACGUAGGUUCCGGUCCGUUAGCACGAGACUCAAUAUGUGUAGCGUAAGUGAAGGACCGCACUCAGAAUCGCAACAGGAAUGUUUGGAAAUGCAAAACUCACCACGCGUCAUUGAAUGUAGUUCAGCAAAAGAAAAAUCAUCUGGAUCAAAAUUUGAUUUCUCACCAAAACUUUUAUCUGACUGUAUGAGCUCUCCACGGUUUUUUACACCACCCGAAAUGGUCUCGCCCAUGUUUUUUUCUGAACCUUCACCUAAAUCCGUUUACUAUGAUACUGUGAGAUCUCCGAAAUUCUUUCCCGAAACGCCUAGGGAGACAGAGGUUCCUCAGUCGCCGAGAGCUCUAUGCGAUCAUCGAAAUAGAACAAACGGUUUAACUGAAAAACCUAGCUCUCCUAGAGUCCUAAGUGCUCGACCUAGUCCUAAGGUUCUUAGUUGUAAUAAGGAAAAUUAUUUUACUUUCGAACACUUAAAUGCAACUGAAGAAAGUGCAUCUAGAAUGUCACCGAGACCGAGGAGAUACGGUGGGAGAAAUUCCAUUGAAAAAGAAAGAUUCACUCCUCCUGGGGACAAAGAAGUUAGAAAGUAUAGAAGGCAUAAUAGUUGCGAUACUAAUUACAAAAGUGUUGAAUUAAACAUAACAAAGUGCGAUGAUAUCAAAGAGACUGAGGUCGUUAACAAAAUAGAAGUGGUAGAAAAAGAUGUAGUUGACUGUUGUGCCAAAAUAAAUUCUCUUCAGGUAGACACAAUGGUAGAAAAUGAUAAAAAGGAAUUAUUAUCUAAUCCUAAUUCCGCACAAGCCAGGCGGCAACGGUUAAAAUCAAUAUCGCUAGACUCAGAAAACGCAAAAAUAAUUGAACAAAAUCUAGGCUUACCUAUAGCUAAGCAAAUGAAAGAUCAAAUGAAUGAAGCAUACAAGAAUCAAGAAAUUAGUACCUCGUUUGAAAGUAUGGAACGUAAUACAAAUAGGGUAUCUCCAUCUGGUGAACGGCCUGUGUUUAAAUUUGAUGUCGAUCAAAAAGAAAAAGGAGAAGCAGAGCCUAAAUCGCCAGAUUUAAAACAAAAGAAAUGUUUAAGACAAAGUUCUGAUACCCAAUCUUUUAUAGAUAUGCCUAGAUUUUCACCCAAAGAAUUCGAAAUAACAGUAACGUCUGAAGAAGGAGCAACGACAACUGCCGAAACUCAUAUUAAACGAAAAGGCAAGAACUUACGAAACUUAACGAUCGAUUUAUCGAAACGUGAUAGUGAUUUGGAGAAGGAAUUAUUGGAAUUUGAAAAAUUGUACACUGAUGCUGAAGAGAAAAAAGUUAAGACACCAACAUUAAAAGUUAAGGCAAUAUCUUUAGAUUCUUCAGAAACUGUUAAUCUUUCAUUACCACAGACAAAAGCUUUAGAAGUUCCUCAAAAUUCUAUAUCUGUGCCGAAUACACCCAAACGACAGUAUAAACGAAUAUUAGCCCAAAAGAGCGCGAAACACGACUUGACUAGUGGUAAGAUGUGUCAUAAUACCGUACAAACAGCAGAUCAAAGGAGACUGUUUAUGAAGGGACAAGAUAGCGGUAUAUUUUUAAGGGAGAAUCACGCAUCCCUUAUGUUAUAUCAGCCAGGAAUUUCAAGAAUGGGCUCAAGGACAAUGGGAUCUUUUGAUGAAAAUAUGUCUGAUAACGCUCCGGAAAUAAAUAUCUCGAGUGUAGACUGUCGACCGUUUCACGUGGAUACUGUUCAGACUCUUGGUUCAAAUCUUCUAAAUUAUAAACAGAAUUUAAGCGUAUCGAGUACGAAUUUAAAGACUCUACCUGAAGGUGUCCCUUCUGACGAUUUUGAACCAAGUGCAGAAGACGAGAAAUUAGUAAAAAAAUUACAUAGGCGGAAUUCAAAUCAAAGUUUAAUGUUAAGUACUCAUAGUCUUCAGGGCUCGAAUUGUUCCUUAAGCAGCGCAGGUGCGUCCUGCCAUAAUAUAAGUACUGUUAGGACAAGUAUAUCAAAUUUUAGUUUAAAUUCUGACAAUAGGCAGAAAAAGUUGUCCCUGGAUCGUAGGGAUUCAAAUACAUCAAUUAAUCCAAACGAACAUUUGACGCCAACCACAAGAGUGAUAUGUUCUUCGAAUACUAAUUUGUCUGGAGAGUUGUCCAAAAAUUGUCUUUUACAACGACGUGGAUCAAACAACAGCCUCACUUUAAAUAUACUUUCUAGCAAUAAUCUUAGCCGCCAUUCUAGUAAUAGUUCUUUAAACAAGGAAGCAAAACUUGGUCAGAAAAAAGGACUAUUAGAAAGACGAAGUUCUAAUACCUCACUUACUUUAAACAUUAAUACUUCGAAUCCACAACUAUCAACAAACAGAGCUCUAAGCAUUUCCAACUAUAAUUUAAAUGGUUCUACGUGCAAUCUAAGUAGAUACAAUAGCAAUCACAGCAUAGAUAUUGCUGAACCACGAAAAGGAAUAUUAGAAAGACGGAGCUCGAAUACAUCUUUAACGCUCAAUAUACAACCACAGGAACCCAGAGACUUGGAGAUCGAUGAAUCUUUAAUUGAUCCUAAUUUACAAGAUAUGCCACACAGGGAUAAACAUAGAAAAUCUUUGAGUACAGAAAAUUUAAUACCUAAAUCUUACAAAAACAGAACUCGUUUACGUUCGACAGAAAAGGGUUUGGGUUUCGGAUCCCAUGACAAUCUUUGGUCAACUUCAUAUACUGAACAAGAAUGUGGUCAAAAUUUAACAUACGUUUGUGGGGAUCAAGAAAAUGAAAUAAUAUAUGCGUUCGGUCGUCAAGAGGACCCUAAUUUUCAACAAGGUUUUGUACGUAAUAUAACAACGAAACCGUUAAGUCCUCAAAGCACUUCUGAGGAUUUUAGGUUAUACUUGGCUAAUAUGCAGCAUUUGCAAAAUGCUUCGAGCGUUUUAACUCGACAACAAUUAAAAGAUCUGAAUGAGGUAUUUCAAAAUGGCUAUUCAAAAGUAAAAUGUCUGGGUACUGGAGAAGGGCAACACUGUUGUUCGGGCCGUGUCACUGAAGACAUAUCACAAGAAAACCCACAGAUGGUAAUACCAGAAGUAGCGACUCAACCUUGCUCCGAAUACCAAAAGAGCCUGUUGAGGAAUUUACAUCAAGAGUUUUGGGAUAUGCCAACGAACUUUCAGGAGAAGCCAAUAGUAUCUGGUUCACAUCCAAAGAAUAGAUAUAAAACCAUCCUUCCUAACGAACAUUCCAGGUUUAUACUGCGAGCAGAUGCCGGGAAUUAUGAAGGAUAUAUUAAUGCCAAUUUCAUUAAGGGGCAUGAAUAUACAAAAAACAGUUACAUCGCGACGCAGGGGCCACUCCCGAAUACUAUUUACGACUUCUGGCUUAUGGUUCGACAGAACGUUAUAGACUUCCGAUCUCAAAGGCCGGCAGAUGCUCCCUCAGAGUACAUACAAAAGAUCGUAAUGUUGACGAAUUUUUACGAAAAUAUUCGCCAGAAAUGCGAGAAAUACUUCCCAGUCGAGAUCGACGAAGAGAUAUCGAUACAAAGUCCGGAUUGUUCGGAAAUGACAUUCUUCUCAGAGGACUGUAGUCCAAAGAACAAUUUUAAAAUCAAGAAUGAUGGAAUGAUUAAGAAGUCCGGAUAUACUAUACGAAAAUUGGAUGUGCGAUACGAAACCGCAGAUUCUAGUGAUAGUGUUGUUGUCUACCAUUACUGGUUCCACAAUUGGGCCGACCACACGUGCCCGAAGGAUGUGACAGCUUUGUUGAAUUUGAGUUUGGACGUUUUAAAAGAGGAGUGUUACGAUUUCAGUGAGUGUAAAGACGAAUUGGAAGAACAGUGCAAGUGCGGCGACACUCCGAACCCUAAUUCAAAAUUUGUGUUCCCUCCGUUGGAGGCUCAGAGUGCUUCUUGCCCAAUUAAUGUGAGUGUGUCUUCUCCGUCGAGCUUCUCUUCCGAGAAUCAGUUUCCGCCUACCAUAGUCCACUGUUCGGCGGGCAUCGGUAGGACGGGGUGUCUCAUCGCCAUACUAAAUGGUAUAAAACAGUUAACAAACGAACAAAAGGUUGAUGUUUUAGGCAUAGUGUGCAACAUGAGAUUGAAUCGUGGCGGAAUGGUACAGAACUCUGAACAGUAUGAGCUUAUACAUAAAGUUCUGUGUCUCUACGAACGGGCGUGUUUGCCCGGCUUAUAGCUGUAUCUGAAUUGACGACUAUAAGUUAGUUGCAUCCAAAAAUUAGUGUUGUAUUGUAAGAUUUGCAAAUUAUUUUUAAACUGACUUAUAUAUAAGUCGGUAAAUGUUGGAUUGCUUUAGUUUAAUGUUUGAACUGUAAAUUUUGUUUGUAAUUAGACUGAACGUUGACUAGUGUCACCUCACAACUCGACAUGUGGUCUAAGAUCUGGCAUUAGAAAUAUAUACCCUCAUCUGUUAUUCAUUAGUUCUAUGAAAUAAAUGAUAGGUAAUGUUCACAAUGACACAUUGCAAAUAGGUUGCCUAGUUAAUUUGCGGCCAAACACAUUUUUCAUACAAAAUCUAGGAAACCAUGAACUAGGCAAGAACUAGGCUCAAAGGCUACAUAGUAAUACAGUUAAAUUAAGCACAAAAUAAUUAUCAUUUAAUAAUCGGGUACAAUUUAACUAGGCAACCUAUGUGCUAUGUGUCAAAUGAGAAUAUUUUCAAUCAUUUAUUUCUUAUCCCAAUUAAAUAACAGAUGAGGGUAUAUAUCUCGUACUAUAGAGUGCAGUUGGGUGGUUCACCUAAAUUAAAUGUUUUGGUUUUAGUUAAUAUUUAAACAGCUAUAACAAAACUGGUAUUUAAAAAUGGUUUGAAAAUUAACAGGAAUUUAGUAAACCAUCUAAUUUUGCUACAACAGAAUCAUUGUAAAUGAAAAAAUUGCAUAAAUUUACAAUUUAUUAUAAUUUUUUAUGCUAUUAAUUAUAAUCAUGAGAUAUUCAUCAUACAUUAAUAUUUCCUCUGGUGAUAUUGUUAUCAAUCCAUCUCUCUGUUAUUUCGUUGAUUUACAUACUAAAACCCGUGAUAGACAUGCCAGCAAUGUCAUAACUACAUGUAUACUAUAGAUCGGUUACGUCCCUAAAAAUUUACCGCAAAAAUCCGAAUAAUAGGCUACAAGCGCACACAUGUACAAUUUUGUGUGUAGAAAAUGAAGCUCUGUUUCAUUUGAAAAUAUUGCUUCAGUUUUACACAUCAAUGUGUUUACAACUGUCAAACAUUUGUCUGUACAUCCGGGGCCUAUUUCGGACUAAUUUAGUAUUUUAGUCGAGUACGAACGAUUUUUGCGAGCGGUAAAUCCACAAAUUGUUCAUACUCGACUAAAGUAGUCCGAACUAGGAUCUACCGAUUACAUCCAACGCCAAACAAACUUCUAAUAGACAACUAUAAUGCAAUACUAAUAGCCCUUUCAGGCACUUGUAUAUUUAUUUUGUUUUCAGUCAUAAUUUUGUGGUUGUUAACUUUGUUGCUAAACAAAUUAUCAAUUAUUAUUAUAGGUAGAUUGACAACCAUUAUUAAAAUACCUAUAUAUUUGUUUUAUCAUCAGAACUAAAGUAAUAAAGUUUAAUUUAUUAGUCAUUACAUGACAAAAUAGAAAUUCGUUUACAUUUUUUCUUUUGUUUAUAUAUGUUUGGUUUGCUGUGGAAAGUUUAAGUUCUGAGGGCAAAAUAUUUUUUGCAUAGUCUGUGUCGUCUUUAUAGCUACCAGUUUUAAUUGAUAAAACGGGUUACAGUGGUUUAUUAUAUAGCAGUAUGUAUGUAUGUAUAUUGUUAUAUACUAAGCUUGUGUCCUGGUCUCAACUCCAUGCUUUAACCUUGGUCUUGCAUUUCUGAUACUUUUGUUAAAGAAAUAUAUUUUCCGUUAAGCCUCGAUAAACGCAUAUCAGAAUUUUAUGAGUCUUGGUGGUAAUAUAUAAUCAGAUUCUUCACUUUUGGAUUGUCAGUGUUACAAAAAAAAUACGGUUCAACUUUUGUUGUCUUGUCUGACUGUUUUGAUUAAACAUUCUUAAACUAUAACAUUAAAAUGUAUAUUCGUUAAUUAAUGUUAAGAAACAGGAAAGUCAGAUAUGAGAAGCUGUGAACUUUUUAAGCUUGGAACCAUGUUAUAUAGAAAUAACACAAGACACAAGUUAAAGGUUGUAGCGUGGAUUAAGUUUUACAAAUUUAUUGCUUAAAUUAUUUAUUUAUUUUAAUUUUUUAAAGUAGUAAAUUUGAUCAUGCAUAUUAUACAUUUUUUAAUACAAAGACUGAUUGUAAUAAUAUAUUGUACUAAAGAUUGAUGUAAAAAAACAAUAAUACAUUAUACUUUAUCCAAUUUGAGCAAUGAAACUGCCCUUUCAAACUAGAUUCGGGUUUAUUCGUAGAUGGCACAGACAAUUUAUAGGCAAUAUGCUGUUAGUGACAUGAAAUAAUAUAUUACGUUUAUCGUGUUAGUAAGUUGUGCUGUGUAUCUAGUAGAACUUUAGUCUAAAUAAGACAUUUGUACAACAUUUAAAAAACAAUUGAGGAGCUUUAUAUCUAAAAAAAAUUUGAGACUUAUUCCAACGUAAUAAGGCUCAAAUUGGUUUAACGAAUAACUGUUUCACGCACAUUUCUUUAUUAUUUAUUGUAGGCUAUAGUAAAAUUUAGUGAAUCCUGACAAACUUUAUUAUAGUAGUAUAUUGAUUGUAUUUUUUAUUCUUCUCUCUCUAGUGAAGUAAAUUGUAAAGAAUUAUAGUAAAAGAUAUAAUAUAACAAGCUUUGGUAUGUUUAAGUUUGACCUGACAAUUUGAUGUAAUUAAGAUGUGUAAUUUCCAGAAUGUGACUAUAGAAAGCAUAUAAGAUAUAUAAAUAUGUUAUAAUAUAUAUGUUUCAUACAGAAAUGUGUUACUUACCGUCAGAGAUAUUUUACAUUAGUACUGUAGU